ACAAUGGCGUCAUCCAUUAAGAGUCAUAUUGUUGAUAUAACUUCAUGUGCUAUUUGUCUAGAGAAACUUAACGUUCCAAAGUAUCUACCUUGUUUACACACAUUUUGUGAAAGUUGUCUACAUACCUAUAUUUCUGCGGGAAUUGAGAAAGAAAAAAAACAAAGCAUUGAAUGUCCGGUAUGUAGGACAAGUGUACUUGCACCGAUUAUGAACUGUUCAUCAGAGGAAUGGGUCAGAGGAUUGCCGCUGAAUUUUCUCAUUGUUGGACUUUUGGAAAAGGAAAAAGUACAAAAUCCUCAAAAACAAUGUAUGGUAUGUCAACGAAUGGAAGUAAAAUCGGACGCUAGUUUCGUUUGUAUCGAUUGCUCUGAUUUGCUAUGCCCGAGUUGCAUAAAACACCAUACUGCAAGUAAACUCUUAUGCGAUCACGAAAUCCGACCCGUUGAAGAAGUCGUUUCUGACUUAAAAUCCUUAAAAACAUUCAAAAACAAGUGUACUGAACAUAAAAGUAAAGAACUUGAGCUUUUUUGUAACGACCACGAAACUCCGUGUUGUUCUAUGUGUGUAAGUAUUAAUCAUCGUAAAUGUGAGAAAGUCAUAGCAAUUGAAGAUGCUGCCGCGAAGUUCUUAGCUUCAAAUAAAGCUGAUGAUUUGAGAAACGAAUUGAAGAAAGUUGAUUGCGAUGUGAAAGCUAUUAUUUCAAAUCUCGACGUGCAAGGUGGAAAAUUCCAAUCACAGUUUAAGGACAAGCAAAGGGAACUUGACGAAAGUUUCAAUAAUCUUGUUACCAUGAUUUAUAAUCUGAAAGAUAAGCGAACAUCAGAAAUGUUGAAACAUUAUAAUGAAGCAAAAGAAGCAGUUGAUUUUCUUAAAUUGGGCUUCCAAAAUUUUGAUAAAAAAAUUGAAAACGAACAGCAGUUACUUGCGACAUGUGUGACAGAGGCGUCACAGACCCAAAUUAUGUUAGAGGUAAUAAAAGUUAAUAAGAAUUUAGGUGGACAUAAAUCUUUAAUAGCAAGUCAAUCGGCAGCUAUCAAAGAAUACACCCUUUCGUUUAAUAAUAAAUCAGACAUAAGCAAACAUUUAGAGAAGGCGUUUGAAGUUAUCUUUGAACACUCAAAAUCAAACAUUACAUUAUCCUGUAAUACUUGUAUUUUAGCUGUAAAUCGAUUUGGAAUUAUACAGUCUCAUUGGCAGUCAAAGGGAGUUGAUGCAAUAUGCUUUUGUGUGUCUAAAGACAUACAAUUACACGGAUUUCUGUCAUAUGGAUGUAAAGACGGUCAGUCGAUUUGCAAAGUUACCGCUACAUUGAAAGAAAAUACCAAUGACAUUAUUGUAGUAUCGAAAAACUUAGAUAGUAAAGAAGCCGAAUGUGGUUUGCUUAAAAUUAUGUUUCCUGGUCCAGUAAAACUGUCAAACAAUACAAAGUAUCAUGUAGUGGUAGAUAUGGAAGGACAGGAGUAUCAAUAUGGCGUGCAAGGAAAGUCUACAAUAACUCAAAACGGAAUUGUGUUUAAUUUUGAGAAAUCGCAAUAUUCGAAGUUUCCUUCUGACACAACUCAAGGACUGGUUCCAGGAUUAUUAUUUAGUGUGACAUAGUGUGAGA